CUUGGAGGACUCUCACUUUCAAACGUUUCCCCACUUCGACCUUUCCAUCCACCAUGUCGGAUCUGGAAGAUCACACUGCAUUUGAUCAAGAUGAUGAACGGGAGCACGAAGAACGAGAUAAAAGGGAAGAAGAGGACGACCAUGAGCAACCACGACGGCGAAAAUAUGGUGACGAUGAGGAAGACGAGGAUGAUGAAGAGGACGAGGAAGACGAGGAAGAAGAGGUGCGAAGUGGAAAAAAGGGAAAGAAGAGAAUAAAGAGGAGACAUAAGCGCGACAGUGCUGCAAGAUUCUUGGAUGUUGAGGCUGAAGUCAGCUCAGAUGAUGAAGGGGAUGAAGAUGAAGGCGAUUUUGGAAACGAUGAUUUUAUUGAAACAAAUGAUCAUAUUGAGGACGACUCAACCAGGAGACACCAUGCACUGCUCGACUCUAGGCGGCAGUUUGACGAAGACGAGGAUAAAAGCCCAGAACAAAUAGCUCGCGACCUUAGUCAACGUUAUCGAAGAACUGCUGUGAGAUAUACGGGAGAUAUGAAUGAGAUUCCUCAGCGGUUGCUUAUGCCAAGUGUUCACGAUGCUAGCUUGUGGCAAGUGAGGGUGAAACCUGGUAAAGAAAAAGAUAUUGUCAUCAGUCUCAUGCGAAAGGCCAUAGAAGUCGAACACACGCGACCCUUACAGAUCCUGUCCGCUUUCGAACGUGAUUCGCUCCCUGGCAUGAUUUACGUUGAGGCUCGUUCUUCUCAACAGGUUAUGCAAGCAUGCAUCGGCCUUGUUGGCGUUUACCCCAGUCGCGGAAUUCAUCUCGUUCCAAUUGAAGAAAUGGCCAGUUUGCUGCAAAUCAAGAAGCAAGAGGCAACCGUGCAGUUACACAGUUGGGUACGAAUACGAAGGGGCAAGUAUCAGGGGGACCUGGCACAGGUUGUUGAUGUGGACAAUAUUGAGGAGAUUGGAGUCAGAUUCAUUCCCCGGAUUGAUCUCAAUCCAAGGGACGACGGAACCGCUGGAGGCUUGGAUGCAAAGAAGAGAAAGAAAGCUGCGACGGGAGCAACGGGCGCCCUGAGACCUCCUCAGCGACUUUUCAACUUUGAAGAGGUAGUGAAGGUUCACGGGAGAGGAGCAGUCUCCAAACGGAAUCAGGUCUAUGUGUUCCAAGGGGAUACCUUCAAAGACGGAUUUAUCGAAAAGGACUUCAAACCGAGUGCUCUGAUAACAGAAGAUGUGAACCCCACACUGGACGAAAUCACCCAUUUCUCAAGGAAAACCGAUGGAGCUGUUGGAGAUAGUAUGGUGGACUUGUCUAUCAUCGCUGAAGCGUCGAGGAAGCAGGCAGUGGCGGUUUUGCAGCCUGGCGAUCAUGUCGAGGUAUUCGAAGGAGAACAAGCCGGUGUACAUGGUGUAGUAGAAGAAAUCUCGCAGGACGUUGUCACUAUUACACCUGUGGGCAUGGAUAUUGAAGGACAGAAAGUGGACCUACCGGCAAGAAGCGUCAGGAAGAGGUUCAAACCAGGAGACCACGUCAAAGUGAUGGCUGGAAAAAAUACAGAUGAGACCGGUCUUGUCGUUUCAGUUACGGAUAACGUGGUGACCUUUUUAUCGGAUAUGACUAUGCAAGAGGUUUCCGUUUUCUCAAAAGACUUGCGUGAAGCCGCCGAGGUCGGAGCGAGUACAAAUAUUAUCGGAGACUACGAGUUACACGAUUUAGUUCAACUGGAUCCCCAGACAGUCGGUGUCAUAUUCAAGACGGAGCGAGAUUCUUUCCGUGUGCUGGAUCAAAAUGGGCAAGUUCGCCUUGUUCGUCCCCACCAAAUAUCCAUGCGGCGUGACUCCAACCGUGCGAUUGCUACUGACGCUGAAGGGCACGAAUUGAGAAUCAACGAUAACAUGAAAGAAGUCGACGGUGAAGGUCGAAAAGGUCGUAUCCUGCAUAUCCAUCAAUCCUUCUUUGCUUUCUUGCACAACCGAGAUGUGGUUGAAAACGGCGGAGUAUUUGUUGCCCGCGCUCGUUCUUUGGUUUCACUGGCACCAAAGGGUAGCCUUAUCAAGUUGGCUCCUGGGGCAGACCUGUCCAAGAUGAAUCCAGCACUCGUGGCACCCACUGGAGGCAUGGUAGGAUCAGGUAACAUGGGACGAGGACCGAGAGAUCGACUUGUUGGUGUCGAUGUGACUGUGAUCAAGGGACCUCAUAAGGGAUAUAAUGGAACUGUCAAAGACACCAACGGAGCUGUCGCCCGUGUAGAGCUCAAUACCGGGAACAAAAUCAUCUCGAUAGAAAAAGCAAAAUUGCACCGUCGAUUGCCUAAUGGCAAAACAGAACCCGUCGAGGGGCCAGGUGCCUCCUGGGGACGAAACAACUCGAUGGGCCCGCCGUCGUCAGUACCGAACCGGACACCGAACCCUUAUUCAGCAACAGCAGGAGCGGGUGGCCGGACUCCCGGCUGGGGUGGAGGACGAACGCCAGGUUGGGGCGGAGGACGUACACCAAACCCAUACGCUGAUUCCCGAACACCAGCUUGGAAUGCUUCAUCUCGAACACCCAAUCCAUAUCAGACUCCGGCGUGGAACGCGUCUUCACGAACACCGAAUCCAUACGCCGCCGAUGGUGGGAGAACGCCUGCCUGGCAACCUAGUUCUAGAACACCGAAUCCCUACGCAGCAAAUGGUGGUGCAACACCGGCAAGGAACGCGAAUACAGGGACCUCCAGCUGGGGUGGUGCUACUCCAGGGAGGAACACGUGGGGUUCUGGAAGUGGUUCCGAUGGGUGGGGUGGUGCAACGCCUGCUAGUAGGCCAGACUGGUCUUCCGAAGUCUGGAAUGCGCCAACACCAGCAUCUGCGCCAACGCCAGCAACGGCUCCAACACCCGCCGCGUAUACAGCGCCGACACCUGCUUUGUCUGCCUUCUCAUACGGAACUGGAGGGAUGGGAUUGUCCGCGCCUACACCUGGUGUUUUCCCAGAGACACCUGGUACGAUGAACUUUGAGGAGCUUGGUCGAGUACCAUACUCACCGGGCGAAGACUGGAUCUUGGAUACACAGAUCAAACCUUUCUACAACCGACUCAAAGUCACCGUUCACGACACCAUACGCGCCGGUUACCUGGAAGGUGCAUACGAAAACCGUACAGCUGUCGUCCUCACGGCCUCUCGUGCUGGUGAAGGCUUUGAUCAGACCGCUUAUGUGAGGUUUGUCGAUGAUGGGAAAGGCGAGGAGAGGUCGAUUAUGAUGAAAUAUUUGAUACCGUUUGUACCCGAUACGGUGGACGAGGAGGCAGUAGUUAUCUAUGGACAGCGGCGGGGAGAGCUCGUGAAGGUGAGACAGCGGCCUGAUGGAAGUGAUACGAUUGAGAUGGUGGUCGUGGAAAGUGUGGGGACCAAUGGGGCUGCGUUUUGGGAGUGUCAAAAGGAUUGGAUGUGCGCACUCACGAGGUGAUAGAAUCCCCUAUCCUUUCACCUUUCCGACCUUCAAUAUCAGUGGCAGUGUAUCAGUAUUGUUCGUGUAUUUUUUGCUAUAAUAUCGUCUCCUUAUUCCGGUCUGAG